AACAGUUGCCUGCCUGACUGUGCAGCAUAUAAAAAUCGCGUGACCUUGUGAAUUGUUUUUGUGCGUAAAUUUUUCAUUUAAAUUCCCUUCGUCAGCAAUGGCUCGUCAAUUGGCACGUCUUGGGCAGCUUGAUAUUAAGAAGACCCUCUUCCUGUUGUGUGACAUCCAGGAUAAAUUUAAACCUGGGAUGAAGUUAUUUGAUCAAAUGGUCAACAACAGUAAGAAAUUGGUUGCAGCCAGCAAACAUUUGGAGGUGCCACUAAUCGUUUCGGAACACUAUCCAGAGAAAUUGGGAAGAAUUGUUAAAGACUUGGACGUAAGUCAUGCUAAGAUGAUUUACGGGAAGACACUCUUCAGUAUGGCAACACCUGAAAUGCGAAAUAAGGUGAAGGAACUCUUUCCCGGAGACUUGGAAUCCAUCGUCCUCUUUGGUCUGGAAUCACAUAUUUGUCUGGAACAGACUGCCAUUGAUAUGUGCGAUAUGGGCUAUCAAGUGCACAUCGCUGCCGACUGUGCCAUGUCCCGCUCCCUUGAGGAUCGUGCAAUUGCAUUGCAACGCCUUAGAGAGAUUGGAUGCCACAUUACCACCAGUGAAAGUAUCAUCUUCAAGCUCAUGAAAGACAAGAACCACCCGAAAUUCAAUGAAGUGAGAAAACUGGUUACAUUCACGUCCGAAGACACGGGAUUGUCGAAAUUGUGAUUCACCGCGCGCGGGUUGGAUACAUAAAAGGCAAUGCAGGAGAGACAGGAGGAUUGGUGAAAGAUCCAGAACAGUAAUGUUGUGCAUUUAAGAUUACAAGAAGAUUGUUUGAAAAAGAAAAAGAAAUUGGCAAAAAAGGAGCAAGAAAAAUUAUAUAUCUUAUGCUUUUGUUUAUAUAUAACCAAAAAAGGUAAAAAUGUUUAAUAAUCCACUUUACAUAACUGUACAUGGUUGUUUUCGGGAUUUUUUUCUUGAGGAGUUUGAAAGUAAAUAUUAUGUAUAUAGUUAAGAAAAACAAUAUAUAAUUUUGUGAUGUAAAAAAAUAUCAACGUCCAAAACAGCGCAAUAUAUACUCUGCUGUUGUAAAAAAAAACUUCUUUUUCAAUCAUUAUUUUAAGAAAAUAUACAUAUAUAGGAUGAUUGAAAUCUGCAAAGGAGAUGAGUGAGCAUAUUAACAUUGCCCAACGGGAGAAUUUGUAUUCAAUCCACAUUUUAUUUGAUUUUUUUUCCUUAAAUUUCUUGGAGUUGUUUUACCUUUUCUUUUAUUUUUCUGCUAAUUGAUUUUUCGCAAAACUUUUGACGCCGGAGGAAGAGGAGUCACAUCAGCAAGCAUGCAAUUGCGGUCAGGCAUCAGCCCAGAUUGUGCACUUCUUUGAACGAUCCACCGUGGCGAGGACCGAACUAAACGGGUGCCAGGAUGUGGCUGUAACUGCAGACCUGCCAAAAAAUGUGCCAUUCCUCAUGAUUUACACACAACAGAAUGGUCAUUUUAUAUACAAUUUAUCCAUUCAUCACAGACAUUUUUUUAGUUUUGUGUAUACAGUGCAAGAUUUCCAUGCUUUUACCAUCGCUAAUUGACCCGCGUCGCUGCAUAUUGUCCGAAUUUGGCAAAGAAACAAAAGGAUUCUCCGUAACCCCUUUUGGUGAUUUAUAUAAAUUGAUAAAACUGCGCCGUAAACCCAUUCUUUACGCAAUCCCAUUGAUUUUCAAUUUAAAGUAAAAAAUAAGGCAACAAGACUUGAAUAAAAAAGUGCCAUUAUGUAUCUUAAAAAACAAAAAACAAAAAAAACUAAUAUGUAUUAUGUUGACCUUUUAUAUUCAAUUAAAUGAUAUUUCAAAUUUAUUUUUAAAGAAAUUUCUUGUAAGUAAACUUGUAUGGAAGAGUGAAUAAAAUUUAUUUAAAAAAAAAA